AUGAAGACCGUGUUCAAGAAUGCUCGCAUCUUCACCGGCAGUUCUGACAGUGCCGACCACUUCAAGCACUCUUGCAUGGUCGUCCAAGACGAUGUGAUUGAACAUGUCGGGUCAUGGUCUGACCCCCAAGUAGCAGCUGCGCAGAAAGACGGAGCUGAAGUCUUUGACAUGGAUCAGCGUACCUUGGCCCCGGGCUUCGUCGACGGGCACAUGCACCUGUUGAUGUUUGGUUCGUCGCUGCAGAAAAUCAGCCUCGACCACUGCAAGACGCUCCAGGACAUUCAGGCCACAAUCAGACAUGCCGCGAAGCAGGACACAACUAAACCCCGGAUUCUGUGCCAUGAGUGGAUGCACUUCAUGACCGACUCCAAGGCGCUGGCGAGCGACCUGGACGGACUGGACGAGCUCAACCGGCCCAUCUUCGUCGACGCCAAGGAUCUGCAUUCGACGUGGUGCAAUUCGGCAGCGUUGGCUGAGCUGGGCGUCGAAGACAUGUCCGACCCUCCAGGCGGGCAAAUCCACCGUGACGAACAGGGCAAUGCUACGGGGCUACUUAGUGAGGCCGCGGCGAUCACCAUCGUGUGGCCUCAUCUCGCCAAGGUGGCGUCGAUGGAAGAAAAGAAAACCGCAAUCAGGAAGGCCGUCAAGACCUACAAUGCGGCGGGUUAUACGGGCAUGGUGGAAAUGGCCAUGGACGAAAAUGCAUUCGCCGCCUUGCUGGAACUGAGGGCGCAAGAGCCAUUGUCGAUACGUCUGGCCAUGCACUGGCUGAUAUACCCAUCGGAGACCAACGAGGAGAGUCUGGUGCAAGUGGACCGGGCGAUCGACCUCUGGAGGCAGUACAACUUGACCACCUCGCCCGACUUUCGCAUUGCCGGCAUCAAGGUGAUCGGGGACGGUGUGAUCGACGCGUGUACAGCAGCGUUACUACAGCCGUACGCGUCCAACGGUGUCAGCUGUGAGCCACUGUGGAACGCGGACCACCUGAAGGCAGUCGUUCAAAGGGCGGACGCUGCGGGCAUGCAAUGCGCACUGCAUGCCAUUGGAGACGCGACGAUCAAAAUGGCCAUCGACGUGCUCGAGACGGUUGCAUCCAGUGGUCGACGGCACCGCAUCGAGCAUCUUGAGCUUACCUCGCGUGGGGACGCCAAACGGCUUCAGGAGGCUGGCAUCACUGCUUCCAUCCAGGCAGUCCACGCCGACCCCUCGAUACUGCGAGAGUGGAACAAUCUUCUGGGAGAGGAGAGGCGGGGGCGGGCAUUUGCUUAUCGGGAAUUUCUGGACGAACAGGUGCAUCUGGCUCUCGGUACGGAUGCUCCUACUGCUCCAAAUCUACCACUGCCAAAUCUGUAUACUGCGACGACCAGACGCUCGGCCAGAGAGCCGUCUUCGGAUGAGGUGGUCAAUAAACACUUCGCCCUGCCUCUGCUGAAUGCAUUUGCUGCGGCCACGCACGGCGCGGCGUAUUCGUGCUUCAUGGAUGAAAUCACCGGCAAGCUCGAGCCUGGCAAGAAGGCAGAUUUUAUUGUUCUCGACAUGGAGUGGUCACCAGACGACUUGUUGCGGGCCAAAGUGCUGCAAACGUGGUUCGGAGGGAAAAGAGUUGCACAUUCAUAA